AUUUCUCUUGCCAGGACACCAACCACCUGGACUGGAUUGGGUUUAUUGUCAGAUUUACACUUUCGAUCGCUUCGUUGGUUGGCUGCUUUUUCGGCGUCGAUGGCUGAAAUGUUCAAUGGUUCCAAAUAUCCUAAAUCGAUACCCGUAUCACGUAAGUAUUCUCGUCUAAUUAAUUCUUGUUUUGCCCCGGAGUUCGGUACAUGGCCUUGCGUCGAUCGAAGAUUUCUAGUGCAAGGUGUUCGAAGUUGGUCGGAUGAUAAUAUACUUGGAGUCGAUUGGGUUCUUGGUUCAAACAGUCCUUCCUUGGGUUUAG